AAUCUUCGAACGUGCUGGAGAAUGCAUUAGAGUUUUGGGACUCAAAACACACAAAAAUCGGUAAUAUAUUUUCCAAACAGUUGUGGAACAAGUACGAGGAAUACCAGUGCAUAUUCAGGAGUACGACAUUGCCUUUAUUACGAGAGAAAGAGCAAAAUGACGAAGAUUUUGUUGCUCUGUGCCAAUUGAGACAAGGUGCUGCCAAAUAUUCAUUGGAUGGUCUUUUACAUUUGCCUCUGGAUAGAUUAGUCCAAUAUGAACAAUAUUUGUCCCAAUUAGCUGAAGAGACAUCCGAAGAUCAUCCAGAUAAUAGUGAUAUUUGCAGAGCAUCGUUAAAGGCUACAAAAAUGGUGAAAAGGACAGAGGCUGCCAAAGAAGAAACUGAUUUGGAUAGAAUACAAGAUCUUUUCCCUAAUGAUAACUUGAGGCUGCACGAUAGAGAUCCAUUUUCACCAAAAAAGAAUCUUUCGAGGACAAAAUCUGCAGCAGCCUAUAAACUUCAAAAAGCAUUGCCAGGAAAAUCAAAAAUGUUUCCAAAUGAAAAUUACAGAAGCCCUCAAAAGAAAGACAUCAUCUCACCACAGAGAAGACUUUCCAGACAAGAAUGUAGUCGAUCCUUUAUCAUGGAGGGUUCGGUUCAGUUUACAAUGGGAGUACAGAGCCAAGAUAGACAUCUGUUUCUUUUCAAUGAUCUUUUAGUCGUAGCUAAGCCGAGAUCUGGCGGCACAUUUCGAUUAAAGGAAAAAGUAUUGGUGUGCGAACUGUGGACAUCCACGUGCAUAAAUGAGGUGUCCGAAAUCAGUCUUUCUCACGAGACAUCAUUCGUUUUGGGUUGGCCAACUAUCAACGUGGCUGUCACGUUUAACUCUAAUCAUACUAAACAGUUAUGGGAAGAUAAACUGAAACAAUUAAUAUCAACAAGCAAAGAGAAGGAAGGAAAAUCUGUCACUUCAAUACAAUUUAGUCUUUGUAGUCAAAACAGUAGAGAAAAUAUUGGUAACCAUUAUAUAACAUUAAAAGUAAAUAAUAGACAAACAGCAAAAGAUUGCAUUAAACUAUUACUAGAACAAUUAAGUCAAAAUGGAAUUAAUGAAUAUCAGUUAUGGAUUAAAUCAAGAAAAGAUGAUGCUCCUUAUCCAUUAAUUGGGCAUGAAUUUCCAUUUUCCAUCAAAAUGAGUUUCAUUCGCACAUUACUUCAAAGAUCGGAAUUGGAUUUAAAUAAUUUUAGUAAUAUUAGCACUGAUACAAAAUGUACUUUUAUUUUACGGAAGAAAAGUCAAAAAGCUACAUCAUAUCCAAGUAAGUUAAUUUUUCUUCGAUAAAAUAUUCAAUUAUUUUUCCAUUAUUGAUUAGAUUCAUA